CCGUGUUUGGUCAUCCGCUAUUUUCGUGUGUAUUUUCACAUUUAGUAACCUGCAAUAAGUAUACUUAUAAUCACAGAAAAGAUUGUUAAUUAACGAGUCUAGUGAAGUUUUCCCGUAAAGAAAGAAAAAUGUCUGAAAUAUCAUUAACUGAACAGCCGCACAUGCAGCAAGUCGACCUGACCCAGCUAACUUUGCAGCAAUUGACUCAAGUUAAGCAGCAACUGGAUCAAGAACUUGUAGUUUUUCAGGAAUCUCUGCAAAGCUUGAAAAUCGCCCAGACCAAGUUUCAGGAGUCUCACGACUGUCUUGAUAAGUUCACACCAGAGGCCAAAGGAAAGGAAAUUCUGGUACCUCUGACUGGAUCAAUGUACGUGCCUGGAAAACUUACCGACACGGAAAAGGUUCUCAUUGAUGUUGGCACUGGAUACUAUACCGAGCAAAAUAUACCUGAUGCACAAGAAUAUUUUAAAAGAAGAGUUACCUAUGUAACACAGCAGAUGGAGAAGAUUCAACAUAUAGGUCAAGAAAAGAGUAAAAUUAGAGAAGCGACUGUUGAUGUUUUGGAAAUGAAGAUACAAACUCUGCAAAAAGAAAUGGCAGAAAAAGCAUCAUGAGCAGGUUGAAGGAAUUUUGAAAAAGAAAAUUGUGAAACAAUGAACAAACAAGUGAAAUGAAAUGAUAUUUAAAGGACAGUAUUGAUUGAUUGCGUGAGUUUGUGUUAAAAAUUAAUAUGUAAUUUAUGCUCAUCAUGAAUUGUUUCAAAUAAUCACUCAUUAAUUUUUUUCCUUGAAACAAAUUGUAUUUUUACUCUCUUAACACAUGUAACAGCUUUUCAUAAAGUUUAUAAUUAUUA